UUUUUCGAUUUCCACAUAUUGGUUGCCAGGCCGCCUUUAGUUCUGACUUAGCGCAUUGCUACACGCGUGAACUACUUGGCCUGGCGUUUCUCAAUGGGGUCAGGAGACUCCUAGCACAACGGUGCUAUAAAGUGUAUGAAAAAGGUGACUAGUAGACUGAAGCAAGAUAUUCCGUGUGUAUUAACAGCCAUAUAAACUCAUCGAGACGUCGGAAAUAGUGAGUUGCUUGUGACAUCUAAAGAGUAACUCUUGAAGCGACUAACAAUAACAAGUGCCGGGACGGCUAGGAACUGGUGACAUCUAUUAGGAUUUAUUGACACUCGACAACCGAAUGAUAACAUGGUGUCCAGGUGCAAUUUGUGUACGCACAUGAUUCCCGAAACUGACCUGGUUAAAACAGGUGCAGAGUGCAAACACGUAUUUCAUCCACGAUCUGUAAAACAAGCAAUGUCUCUUCAGACGUCAAGAGGAGCAAAUAAAGCAAUAAAAAAGCAUUGUCCGGCCUGCAGCCGGCCUGUCAUAGAGCAACAGUCAGUCUUACCUAUUGGAGUGCAGACGCUGUUGCAAUCGGUGGAAAGAAAGCUAGGGGGUAUAGAUCAGAUGAAUGCAUCAAUAAUAGAUCUCUCGCGUCGGGUUGAUGCACUAACAGUAAGUAAUGAAGAUCUUAAGAAGGAAACUAAGGAGUUACGCAAUGUAGUAGUCUCUAUGAAAGCAGCCUGCGAAGAUCUAGAUAGGAAGACGACUGACAGAUUCGAUGCGUAUGAAAAAAGGCUGAAACAGCUGGAAGCAUCUACCUCAGGAGAUAGUACGGGGGCAUGUUACGCGGCCCAAGAACGGAGGCUGCUGAGACUGGAAUCGAGAUCAAUGGCAACGGACUCAGUUGUUACUGGAGUGCCGGAAGAAGAAGACGAGUCACUAAAGGAAGUGGGGGUCAACAUAGCACAGGUAUUAGGGGUACGGUUAGAGAAGACUGAGGUACUGCAGGCUGUGCGGAUGGGUAAGCAACGAACUAAGAGGGUUCGACCUAUUUUAUAUCAACUGGCCAUCCCCGCUAAGUGUGAAGAGAUUAUUGAGGGAAAAAAGAAAAAACGUGAUCUGAGAGGGGCGGACUUUUCAUCGAAAUGGAAUAAUGAAUUGAAAAUCUAUAUAAACCGUCGCGUUCCGGCAGCGUUAAAUAGACUUAGGCAAGAGGAGCUAAUGAAGUAUAAACAUAUCCCAGCACGCUCGGUGUGGAUUGCAGAUGGCGCGGUCUUCAUACGAAAAGAAAAAGACUCCAUGCCAAUUCAUAUUGGAUCUCUCGCGGAACUAGACUCUUUAAUAGAUUGACCAACACCCCCUAUAGCCUCCAAGAAAAUCACGAGGGAGAAUAUUCACACAUUAAGAGCUUGUCACUUAAACGCGCAAUGGCUACCCGCCCAUAUAGACGAAUUUCGGUCCUUCUUUCUGAACAAUCAAUCUGAUCUGAUCGCUAUAAGUGAAACCUGGCUGAAUGAGAAUAUUACUGAUGUCCAAAUAACGCUUCCAUUUUACACUGUCUUACGGAAUGACCGAACUCAUCGUCAUGGAGGAGGUGUGGCGCUAUAUGUACGAGAUGGACUAAAAUCACGGUUACUAGCUGUAUCACCAAGUGCCCAAGGAGAUGUCCGACCGGAAUAUCUAUUUGUAGAAGUUUGGGCCAAAUCCCAGCCGAAAAUACUGAUCUCCGUAGCCUACCGACCCUUCAAGGCUGGUUUCCUGGAUGACUUCGAAUAAGAACUACAAACGCUAACGCCAUCUUACAAAACUGUCUUAGUAUUCGGGGAUUUUAAUGCCAACCUGCUUAGUAAUAGUUUUGACUCAAUGCAUGUUAAAAUUAUAUUAUAUAGCCAUUAUAACUCCCCGAAAAAUACUUAGUAUAUGUAAAUAGUAAUCAUACUUAGUCUCUCUGGAAAACGUAGCCUAAAAUUGAAGUAAUUUAUAAUAUUAAGUUUGCCUAAAUGUAAAAUUGUUGUGGUUAUGAGGGGACUCUGUCCUAGAGCCAAAUAAAUCACUAAAUCUCUCUGUCUCUCUCUCUGUCUCUCUCUCUCUCUCUCUCUCUGUCUAUCUCUCUGUCUCUUUCUCUGUCUCUCUCUCUCCUGUCUGUCUCUCUCUGUCUCUCUCUCUGUGUCAGCUGUCAUGGCGACUAGGAGUUGUGUGCUAUUUUUGUGGUCUACUAAUAUAUGUUAAAUACGGGUAUCACUUUUAAUAAAAAUUAUUGUGAAGUGACUGGUGUGUUGCAUACAGAGUGUACAACGAAUAUAUAGUGAAAUAUUCGUUGCUUGACCUGUUCGCUUCUCGUAACUUAUAUCUGAAAUAUUCCUAUGCGACCAUAGUGACUGUUACUUGGAUUCAAUUACUUCAACACUAGAAUUGAACACUAACUGAGAAUUUGAAAGUCUGAAACUUGAUGCAUCAUGAUAUGCAGUUCUUGUGUGUGAAGUUUAGUGGGUUGCACUUUUAUGCAGACUGAAUCCUUGUCCCAGUGUAUUUCUUGCUUCGUAACCGUUUAACGCCCUGAAAGAUAAUUUGGUUUAUUGUUAAUGACUAAUGAUAGUAAUUAGUGACAUUGACAGCUUCUUGAAAUGUAAAUAUUGUCUA